AUGGGCCUUGUUUUCCCUGACAACGAACUUUCAGAUAUGGUGUUAGAAGACGUUACAGAAUUUGAGAUUACACCUGAGGGCAGAAGAAUCACAAAGCUGGACCAGAUUUUGCUAAAUGGAAAUAACAUAACCAUGCUGGUUCCUGGAGGAGAAGGACCUGAAGUAUAA